AUGAGGGCAGCCAAGAGGUGUAGGUCUGAUGGGACCGCCGGACGCAGGGCACGGAAAAGGGCACGCGAUAUCCCGAAGCCCACCCAGGGCGAUCUCAUCAGCAGCCUUCCCGAUGACAUCCUUGAGGCCAUCAUCUCCCUCCUCCCCAUCAAGGACGGCGUUCGCACGCAGGUCAUCGCCCGGGGAUGGCGUCCGCUCUGGCGCUCCAUGCCUCUCGACCUCGACGGCACCGACAUCUGCUCCAACAAAUAUAAGCGCAUAUCCGUCGUCUCCGGCAUCCUCCGCGACCACCUUGGCCCGGCCCGCCGAUUCACGUUCGAAAACAUCUGCCUCCGCAAAUCAAGAAAAGGGCACGCCAAGGACGACGCCCGGAUCGAGAGCUGGUUCCACUCCCGGUGCCUCGACAACAUCGAGGAGCUUGAUAUCAGCUUCCGGCUGUUGGGUAAAGCAGAUGUGUCCAGGAACCGGUACCCGCUGCCAUCGUCGGUGCUCCGCUUGGCACCAACUCUCGUUGUGGCCGGAAUCGGCAUGUGCAGAUUCCCAAGUGAGAUUGCACCUUGUCUGAAUUUUCCCCUCCUCCGGGACCUCACUCUGUGGAGUCUUAGCAUGUCGGAGGAAGCCUUGCAUGUGCUGCUCUCUGCCUGCCAUGUUUUGGAGACCCUAUUUCUGCAGGAUAUUCGUGACGUCGACUGCCUUCGUGUUAGCUCUCCAACUCUGAGGAUCAUCUGGUUCAUCCCUACUCAUUUGGGGAGACAAGGAUUGGUUAUCGAGGACGUCCCUCACCUUGAAAGGCUACUUUGUCCAGCCUUAGAUGGUGAGACUAUUCGAGUACAUAAGGCGCCUAAACUGAAGAUAUUGGGCCCUUUGUCACCCCACGUUUCCAAAAUCGAGAUUGCAAACCUAAUCUUGCAGGGAACGAUCCCACCCAGCUUGAGCCAUUCGAUAUGCACUGUGAAUAUUUUGGCUCUCAAGUUUGCUGGCCCAGAUUUGAAUGCGGUUCUCAAUAUCCUCCAGUGCUUCCCCUGCUUGGAAAAGCUCCAUGUCAUUAUGCAUCAGUAUGAACCCCUGAAUCCAAUCAAAUGCCUUGAGAGCCACCUCAAAGUACUGGUGUUGAAUAAUUACAUAGGCGACGAGGAAGAUAUUGGCUUUGCCAAGUUCUUUGUUUCAAAUGCGAAAGUCGUAAAAGAAAUCAAAUUUGGAGUGUCUAAUGAGAUUGGCAACGAUAGGAAAUGGAUGAGUAAUCAAGUCACGCUGCUAGAGGUCGAAAAUAGAGCUUCUCAAGACGUUCGGUUGAAAUUCAGCACUGGUUAUUCUCACUUGGGGACCUACGUGGAUACAAGUGACUUACCAAUUGCUGACCCCUUCGACAGUCGUUUUAACUUUGCCAAUGGGGUAGAUUGGACUUGGCGUUUCGUUUUCUAG